UGUGUGAGCUUUUCUUUUUCCUUUUUCUACUUUAGCGGUUGGAGAAGGAGAGUUUUUUUAUACUCGCAGCUGAGUUCAAACUUCAGAUUUAUCUUUUUGAAUUGAUAACCGUUUGGCCCUUUUUACAUCUUUAAGGGGCUGCUGUAAUCAGAGACUUGGAAAGAGUGUGGCUUUCAGGUAGGCCAGUUGGAGAAGUUGAGUAGGUGAAUUGGGGACCUCGGGAUGCAUAGUAGAGGUAUGGUGAAGCAUGGAAACAAAUCAAAGGCGUGGUACAGACAGCAGACAAUCUCGGUUCUCAUUGUGUCUGCUUUUCUUAUCCUUUUUGUGUUGAUGAUGUUAUUUCGCAAGGAGUCUCAAGAGCGUGAUAUUUUAGUUGAGGUGACUCCGAAGCAGAAGUGGGAUAGCUUUAACUCUCUUGUGCAAUUUAAUCCAAAUAGAGAGUUUCGCAAUGGAACUGAUAUAAUAUCGCAAAUUCCCGAUUCUCCAAAGUCUGUUUUGUUUUUUGCUCAUGGCUGCAAUGGUAAAGCUGUCAACUUUUGGGACAGAUCUCCUGAGUGUCCUUCUUGUGUCGGUCUGCCUGAAGAACGGUUGAUUGUCCUUCAUGCUCUCAGCAAACGUUUUGCAGUUCUUACAAUAUCAAGUUCUCAGAAAUGUUGGACAUUGGGGAAGGAAUUGGCAGUUGUUAAAGACAUAAUACGUUGGUGGGUUGGAAAGAACAAACUUGAGAAACUUCCUCUUGUUGGUUUAGGUGCCUCCUCUGGUGGGUAUUUUCUUUCAGUACUUGCCACUAAGUUGAAAUUUGAUAGCAUUACUUUGAUGAUUGCUGAAGGGCUGUAUGAACAAAUGGAGGUAACAGAGAGAUACCCACCUACUCUGUUUGUACACAUGCCGAAAGAUCAUUUUAGGCAACAAAAGAUCAAUGAAAAUAUGGAGUUUUUGAAAGGUAAAGGAAUUGAUGUUGCUGAGAUUGAAUGCUUGGAGUUUGCUCUGUGGCCACAUUUUUUGGCUGACCGAAUCUCAGGACUUGACAAGAAUGUUUCUGCAAAGUUGUUUGAGCUUUUCCAAGCCAAGGGCUUUGUAGAUGGAAAUGGAAAGAUGCUCAAAGAUGGACGUGCAACACGGUGGAAAGAAGCCCUCAAGGCCAGUGGGAUCAGUUUACCUGAUAAUAGUUUAACCAAUCACAUUCAAGAAGAGUUGAAUCUUGCCUUUGCAUACCACGAAAUGACUAGCUUAGAGGCUGACAAGAUCUUCACAUGGUAAAAUAUCUUGGGUGGUUGGCUUAAUGGGAGUUCUUAACUACGGGGACCCACCUUCUCAGAGCACCGGACCGGAGGUUUCCUAAUGGCUGUUGGCUUCUUCCUUCUAUAUGAGUUUGUUUACUGCACUUACUCUAUUAUGUCUUCUUUUUACACCGUUGAUAUUUGAGAUUUAGCAUUUAUACUGUUCACAAAAUCAAGCUCUGGUCAUUAAAUCCAACCCAAGGGCAUCCCAAGUUGUUUGUUCUUUUGUAGGUUAACCUUAUUGAAUGUAGUGCAUUUCCUCAUUAAUGCGCCAUAAAUACAAACACUUCAUGGAUUUUACUACCCUUUUAAAGCAUAGUGAUAGAAACAAUAGAUUAGUGUAGAUAACAAGCAUCUGAACUUUUAAUUUUCAACCCCCUUUUGGAUAAUCUGAUUAAACAAAUUUAACUCUUGAAACAAUCUUGAUUUCACAAUGAAUUUGGAUAACAAAGACUGAGCAUCUCUAUGUUCAAAUACAUGAACAAAAGAGAUUGCAAGAAACUAGAAACAAGAACAAAAUAAAACAAAACAACACAUGCAAUGGUAAAUUGGUCUCACUGUCUCACUACUAACUGCUAAGGCACACUCAUUAGUUAUUUAGAUGGUAAAUGGUAGGAAAAAGUGGGGAAAUCAAGCUCUGGGUUUAAUUUUGCCCUCGUUGGCUAACUUGAACGUGUUGGCCUGAUCGCCUGCUGCUUUGUUGGAGCUGAGUGCUGAGACGAAACUUGUCCUAACUUGCUUGGUUGUGUAGGGGAAUCUGUUACUAGCAAGAGAGUUGAGGUACGAAGCAGUUCCUUCUCUGAGAAGGGCCCCAUACCCAUCAUUCCUUGUGUUAGAAAGUGCUUGGAGCAAGUUGAGAUUUGUUCCAAACCCUGGGACAUUGGUUGCUCCGAAGGCAUUUCCUAAUGUUCCCCACCAUCCCAAUACUCCCCAUAUCAAUCCUGGAUGAUUCAGCCAAUAACUGCAAACAAAGUAGCAAACACAUUUUUAUAAACAAAUAUGUUCUCUUCUCCAUGGAAAACAGUUACUAUAAACCCUUGACUUACUUGCAGGUAAAUGGAGUAGUGGGAAUGGUAGGCGUGCUUGGUGUGCUAGGAACACUAGGAGUGCUUGGAGUGCUAGGAGUGCCUGGAUCUACAGGGGUGCUUGGUGGGCUACCACCAGAAGACGGAGGGUUGUAGUAUCCACCGCCACCAGACGGUGUGGAAGGUGUUGGUGUGGAGUAAUGUGGCGUUCCUCCAUUACCAUGUGAUGGUGGGAUAGGACUGCCAUGUGAACCUGCAAUGCAAAGUAAACAUAUAAUGCUGUAAGCCUACUAAUCACUACCAUUACUACUGUACUGAUACUGAAUGUGUGAGAUUCAUUGUGAAUGUGCAAUAACCUGAUGGAGGAGAUCCAGAAUGUGGGUCUGGAGGAGAGUAGUAGCUUUUCUGAUCAGUAAUGGAGGUGGACAAUACAGGGAUGAGUAGGCUUUGAGAAAGCAGCCCAGCAAGCAAAGUGAAAAGGAGAGCAGAAGCUUGUUUGCUUCUCAUGGUUGUUUCUUUGGUUGGCUGUUUUUCUGAUUGGGAGCAAAGGGAUUAGAGAUGGGAAAGAAGGGAAGGAAUGUUAAUGGUGAUGGAUGGAAUGUUUAGGACAAAUGGGGGAAUAUAUAGAAGGGGGGUUGAGGGAAAGUGAAGUUACUUCUUACAGGUGGAAGUGUAUGUGGUUAGUUGCUGUUUUAUUGGUGCAUUUAUUCAUAUUGCUUGCUGCUUUUAAUUGUUUGAAAUAAUGUUGAGAUUUUCCAGGGAUGAAUUCAUUGGGGAGGGAGGUGAAAUCACAUGCAUGCCUCUGAAAUUUUGAACCUUUCACUUCUCCUGAUAAAUUUAUUUGAUAUAGUCUUCAUAGUAUAGCUAUUAUGAUAUAUAAUUCAAAAUUGUAAUGCUACUCUGGUCCAUUUUGGUUCCCGUUCAUUUUUGUCUAUAUAAUUAUAAUUUCAGAAU